AUGCUAUAACCAGAUUUUAAACAUCAAACAUAAUCAUUUCGAAGAUGUGGGCUCCAUGCGGUGAACAACUUGCUUCAAGUAGAGAGAUAUACCUAUUAAGAUUUUGAAAAUAUUGGAAAAGAAAUUUAAAAAGAAACAAACUUAUCUCAUUAUACAUAUUUCAUUGGAAAUUAUGAUUUAAAUGUUUUGGAGAGAGUGUUAUAAAAAGAAUCGCUUGAAAUUGAAUGGAUUAAAAAGAACCAAAUAAUUGAUGAAGAUCUUAUUGCUGAUCCCUAAGUUUUUGGGUUUUUGAUUAGCUUGACCAAGCAACUCAAUUUCAUCGAGAGAGUUUGCUAAUGGGAUCCCAGACAUUGGAUUUCCAUAAGAAAACUUGUCAAGUCUAAUGGCGACUUUUAGUUUUAUUAUCAUGACUCACAAAAUAAAAGUCCGUAAAUUAAGGAGACUCCAGAGAUGAUUUUACAAUUGAUAGAAUUACAAAAGUCAAAAAAUGAAGAUAAUUUCAUAUUGUUAGUUAAGAAAAGAUGA